CCCUGGUCUGUCAUCCACACCGCUGUUGUUGCAGCCAUUUUACUGUGGAGCGUCGGCAACAGCGGCGACCGGAGGAUGCCGAACCAGCAGCGUUGAAAGGAUAUACAACAUGGCUGACGCGGUGCGAGGUCCCGUGGUUGGCCGUCCAUUGGCUUUUGCCAAUGAAGAGCGGCGGACGGUUCACUCCUGGGCCCGGAUCUCAUCAGCAGGGCAGAACGUCCUCCUGGAUGCUCUGAAGAUCCUCAGCCCCAUGUCCCGGGACCUCUCGAGCAGCGAGGAACUGGUCACAUUCCUGCAGGAGCUGAGAGAAGAGGGCCACAGGCCUACGGUGCUGCGCAGCAAGGACGUGUACCACUACCGCUCCUGCACCAACCAACUCCUUACUAUAGACAAGCUGAAACCGCCCAGCAGGAACGUAAGGCCCACCGCCAAGAGGAGGGCAAAAAGGCCCUUAAAUAAGAAGAGGGACGUGCACCCAUCCUGGAACAUCUCUGGAAGGAGCAGCCCCAGAAUACAUGGGAUCCCCCCUCCAGAGCUGCUGAUGGCCAAUCGAGGCAUUAUCUGUUGCAGGACUCCCAGUCGGACAGUAGAGACGUUGCAGGCCCUUCAGGUUCAGCCAUGUCUCAGACUUACCAACAUUGAAGGCUCGUCUGGCUUCCAUACUGCUAGACUCCAGAUCCACACUUCCUGGGACUCCUCCUCUGAGGUGCCCUCUGUUGCUUUUUCCCAGCAACAGCACCCUCCAACACUUUCAGGAAUACCUUUGCAGCCUUCUCAGAACGGUGGUGGGGCACCCACCAAAGCUGUGGCCUUGUUCAGCCAGAAGAGCCUGUCCUGUCCCAUCCGAUUGGAUGGGGCACUUAUUGGUGACUCUGCACCUGUCUUUUACGCUAAUGGCAGGGCAUUCCCAGAGACUCACACAGAGCUGACCAGUAAUGGUUGGAGGAGCAACGGCAUCCAUAAGGAAGCCCGGAGCCCCAAGGAACUGAACCAUCCAACCAGGCAGAGAAAUGGCUGGAAAGACAAGAAAAGUUUUAGAUGGAGAGUGAUAAAGGUGGAUGGCUCUCGCUCUGUAGCUGAUGCCUGCAGAAAAGCACAGAAGAUUCUACAGGUCAACCUGUCGCCAGUGAUUCAGAUACAACCUCUCCAGCAUCUGAUAAGAGACUUCAGAUACCAGAAUAAGUGACAAUUCCCCCAAACCCCCAUUGUUUCCUCUAGCAGAUGUUAGUGUUUUACAUCCAUUAGCCUCUACCUGACAUGACAGAUAUCUUUCAUGGGUUUGUGAUCACUGCUCAUAGUUGGAGAUAAAGAAGUUAGUAUCUGUCUGUAGAAGUUCUGGUUUCUUACAGGGGCACUUGGGUUCAAAAGGCAUUUAAAGCUAGGUGAUGCGUUUCCCAGCAGGCUGGGAAAUGACACUCAGCCAAAUGUUGGUACAUUAUCAUUAUCCUGUCAACGGGAGUUUCAACCAACCAUCAUUCUGCUUUGAGUUGUCUUGCUGCUAGCUAGUGUUGCAGAUUCAUUUUGGGAGGUAGCAUCCACUGUGACUGUUAAAUCAGAUUAACUUUCUGCCCUUCCCAAAGGGACUGAGAGUGGCUAACAUCUGUUUGAAGAGUAUUUAUAACUUGUUUGAAGUAUAGAGCCAUUUCGUUAAAGUUUUUCUUGUCUUGCCUAAAACAGUGCAGACACUCUACAGUAUCCUAUUUUCUAUAGAAAAGAAGUAGAGAAAAUGAAGAGUUAGUUGGGCCUUGAGGAUCCUGUUAGGCACUCAGAUGAACUGGUGGACUAAGUUUCCACAGUCUUCAGGUGAGCGGACAUGGUGGUUGGUUGGUUCCAACAAAACAAAUGAACUUAACAAAAUGAGGCAAGAAGAGAGAAAGUGUUCAGUUUGUCUUCCUGUUUUUGUAAUUUUUUUUGUUGUGUUUUCACUGGAAAUCGGGAGGCUCUUGCAGCGAGUUCAGCAGGGAAUCCGACGCGCGAGCAUACUUAGAGAUAGAUCGAUCGAUAUCUGUGAGAUUUGUUUGAACGACAGUCCUUCACAAAGUGUUCCUUUUGGUUUGGUUAAUCCAUACACAAAGACAAAAACUGAGUAUUUUUGACUGUUGGGAAGUUUUCAUGUCUUACUAUGACAAACCUUGAACAAAUUAAACCUCUGAGAUGAAUCUCUAAAUGUAAAUUAAGGGAAAAGAUUGUAAAAUUGGUUGAGUUUUAUUUUCUCCCCUCAAGUUUUUCAAUUCUGGUAAGAGACCCAGGUCUACAUGUGUUUUAAGAAGUCUUACCCCAGAUUGAAAAGAUUGAAGAGAUUGAAAAGGUUUGUCAAAAUGUGUUAUACUUUAGCUGCAAGACUGUUGAGUUAAAUUUAAGACUGCAGCACUUAAACGUUUCAUUUCCCAUCAGAACUCACUCUGCGCUCCUCUCUUUUGAUCUGAUGGCAAAAUUAAAUUAUAGUUUUUUUUUUGGACUCUUUGCUGUGAAAACAACUGUUGUGGCCAACUUCAAAACUAAAAAAUGUACUUUUAGAGUGGGACAGUGCUGCAUUGUUGAUUCUUCCUGAACAUGAAAGUCGUAAAUGUUUUAUUUCCUGCAGCACGUAGAAAGCUUUUGAAAUGAUUUCUUAAAUUUGGUUUGACUUUCUUUGACCCCACACUGAAUUUUGCUACAGGUGCUAACAUUUCAUUAUGGAUGCUGAAUUAAACGACUGGUAAAGGGAUGUAGUCAUGUUUCUCUCCUCCGGUUCAGAUUGGAGCAUUUUCUGAGGGAUUGAAAACAUUGCUCCCACUGCAGGUUGGGUGCUAUCCAAUGAGUUGUUUUCUUACUGAGGAACCACCUAAAUCCAUUUUCAGUCUGUGAAAAACUCCUGUGUAUUCCCCUAAAAAUAUGAGAUUGUUGGGUUAAACCAAAUUCCUCAAAACAAAGACAAUGUUUAAAGUGCUGAAGUUUGUAUUUGACCUUGGAAGCAGCUCUAGAAAAUCAACUCAGAGCAACAGGAACCUUUUCUUAAUUCUACUGAUCUCAAGACCAUCAAAUUCAGUUUAAAUAUCUCGGAAAAGCCAGUAAGAUUACAGAGGUCUGUGUCUUUUGCCUUUACACUACGGCAACAAGUUGCAUUACUCUGAAAAAUAUCAAAUAUGUUCCAAGCAUAUGUUCCAAGCAUCUGUUCCAUGUUUGGAUGUGUUGGAUUCUGUUGCAGGCCACUAUGUAGACCAAAUUUAACAGAUUUCAAUUGUUAAUCUGUGCUUUCGGGUUCAGUGUCAUCUGUUUGUUUACCGUUUAAACUGAGACCACAUCAGUGUUUAGUGGUCGGCUUAGCAGGUUUCCACGUCGCCAUUCUCGAUGAAGGUCAUGUUCUUGAAGAGCCCCCCCCCCCCUCGUCUGAUCUCUCGUACGCAGUCAUGUUCAUGACCGUUGACAAUUCCCCCUUUUCUAGAUCUUCUUUCUGUUAGUCUUAUUUGUGCAACACUUGUAUAAAAUUGUAUUUCCUACAUGAUCUUUGAAAACCUUUUUGUUCAAUAAAAAAUCUGAAAAUAA